AUGUCGGACGACGAAGGAGGACGCGGGACGCGGUCGCGAUCGCGCAGCAAGUCGCAUGACGACGGCGCGAGCAACGGUGGGAACUCGCUGUACGCGGCGGGUCUCCCGAUCCGGUUGAACAAGGCCGAGUUCGAAGAGCUCUUCGCCAAGUACGGCCGCCUCGCGAGCUGUGACUUGAUCGAAGACCCCAUCACACACGAAUCCAGAGGCUUUGGGUUCGUUGUCUACGAAGACAAGCGUGACGCGGAAGACGCUCUCAACGCGUUGAACGACAAAGAAGUGUAUGGGAAGAGAAUUCGCGUGGAGAAAUCCAAACGUUCCAAGCCGCAUGCAAAGUCGCCUGGUCAAUGGCCCGACAAAGGGAUCGCUCGAGGGACCGCCCUCGCGACCGGUCACGAGACCGCCGAUCGCCUCCUCGGCAUCGUUCGCGGGACCGUCGCGAUCGAUCUCCGCCACCGCGCAAUCGUUCGCGCGACCGCCGCGAGCGUUCUCGUGACCGAGACGAUCGCCGCGACGACCGACAAAGAGACCGAUCCCGCGACCGUCGUCGCUAAAGAUUGCUCUUCCAUUGCAUUCACAUCGGUAAUUCAACCAAGGACGGAGACAUAG